UAUGAUUGUGGGACUCCGAGGCAUGUUUGAGAACCAAGCUCGGGCCGAGAGGUACAACACCUCAAAGUCCUUGUUUGCGUGCAGGUUAAUAGAAGGCAGUCCAGUCAGUCCUCAUGUGAUCAAAAUGAUUGGUUACAUUGAAAGCCUGGAAAAACUUGGUUUUCCCCUUAGCCCUGAGUUGGCUACGGAUGUAAUUCUCCAGUCGCUCCCUGCGAGCUUCGAGCCGUUCAUUUUGAACUUUCAUAUGAACAGCAUGGAGAAAAGCAUGGCUGAAUUGCAUGGGAUGCUAAAAACUGCUGAGGAAAGCAUUAAGAAGAGCUCUAGUCAUGUGAUGAUGGUUCAAAAGGAUAGCAAGAAGAGAAAGCGCAAGGACAAGGCUAAAACUUCGGAUGAGAUCUCGAGUUCUAAGCCUAAACCUGUUGGAAAGCCCAAGGCUGGCCCUGCCGCUUCUGACACUUGCCACCACUGCCAUAAGACUGGUCAUUGGCGGAGGAACUGCAAAUUGUACUUGGAAGAACUCAAAAAGAAGAAGGGAAGUAAGACUUCAUCUUCAGGGACUGAAAAGGACUAGGAAGUGU